GUUGGGAAUGAACCAUUACACCCGCCCAUGAACAGCGAGAGGUGGCGGAACGGAGACCCUCUCCAAGGGAAAUGGAAUCCAGAGGACCCACCUUCGUCACGGGGGAAAUAGAUGUUCUAAACGUCGUCCGCGCUUUGGAUCACUGCAUUCCCCUCCUGAUCGGACAUCUGUUAUCCAUUUCGGAACAGGCUAACGAGCGCAUGUUGCAACACUGCAAGGCGAACAGAAAAGAAUUUGCUCUUGCGAGAACGGCGAACACGAAAGGAAAAGCCCCUGCCCAAGACGACAACCCGAACCCUGCCAGUACGUCGAAACCUAUACGAUUGGGACUAAUACAAAAAGAUUAUCACUUCCUGCGGAGCAAAGCAAUCUCGUGGAAAUCCGCCGAAUGUGACAUCAACGUCUGGGGAAUCCCGUACAAUGCCAUCAUCGACUCAGGAGCCUCCGUCUUGGCCAUCUUGCAAAGGGUAGUAGAAAGAGCGGGAAGAAGAAAAAAUUUGAUCAUGCUGACAGAGAGGGAUCAUCUCGUCUCUACGGAUGAAGAAAAAAUAAAGACAGUGGGACGAAUGACCAACGUGGCGUUUCGAUUGGGAAAGGUACAUGCCCUGGGAGAUGUCGUGGUAUUAGAUGUAAGCACGUAUGACGUUCUUUUGGGACUACCUGUUCUCACGGCGCUGCGGGCCAACCUAGACUUCGAAAAACGAUCGAUUGUCCUUCGGAAUACGGGAGGGAAACCAUACGCCAUCCCUAUGAGAUUGACUCUCAGAACGGUGGCAGAGGCAACCCAAAAAACGCCUCCGGUGCCCGGAGGAGCUCUCCGAAUGAUCGCUUGGAAGAAACUUGCGGAACGAAGUGAUCACCAGACAGAGGAGCCAAACCUCUCGAGUGACACCAAUAAUAGCGACGAAGACGGGUUAGUAAUUUGGGAGUUAGUGCAGCAACGCGUCCGCUAUCCGAUUCGACAAGCAACCACGAAAACAUCCAAACUCACGGAAGGAAACAUCCAGAGAACACGCGCAUUAAUUUCGGGCGAACCGCUUAUGCAAAUUUCCCGGAUGGCCGAUUCUUUGGAACCCCCUCGGACCUUAUACGAGGGCACCACUCCACUGCUUGCGAGAUUCAGGGAUAAGAGAGCCUUUUGUGAUAUUACGGAGCUACCCUGUUCCUUGUUGACUUCGAGAAAAGAGAUAAGAUUGCUAAGAUUAGGGGCCGAAGGCAAAGCUUUGGAACCCCCUGCGCGACGUGACACGGGGCCUCACGAUCUCGGGAUCAAGAUCCUGAAAAAUAACGUACGAUGGCAGGAUGUCUGCGACGGGAUAACCCCGGAGAAACACGUGGCGAUCCGGGAGGAAGAUGCCCAAAUGAUGGCCACGGUCAAGUUUGAUAUUCGUCAUGGGUUCCAUCACAUCCUAGUUAAAGAGGAGGAUCGGCCCAAGACGGCUUUUGUCCUGUUUGAAGGCACCUGCCAGUGGGUCCGAUGCCCGAUGGGGAUCUGCAAUGCGCCGGCUACGUUUCAGAGAGCGAUGAAUGUAACAUUUCAAAACUUCGUCAACAAGACUCGACUGACUCAGGGGAUGAUCAGUUUUUGCGUCAUUGUGUAUAUGGACGAUAUCCUGGUCUAUUCAGAAUCGUUCCACGGGCACGCACAGCAUAUCAAAUGGACACUGGGAGCCCUACGGGACGCUGGAUUCAAGAUUGCGCUGGAAAAGAGCGAGUUUUUCCUUUAUGAGAUCUCGUUCCUGGGCUACGUGGUAACUCGAGGAGGCUUGAGGCCCAAUUGGAGAAAAGUCGCGGUCAUACGGGACGCCCCGACCCCCACAUCGCUAACGCAACGAGCCUUUCUGGGGCUGGCUUCGUACUAUCGUCGAUUUAUCAAGGGCUUUGCCGCUAUCGCACGGCCUCUAACGAACUUGCUACGGAAGGACCAGCCCCUCAGCUGGGACGCGGAGUGUGAGCAGGCCUUCAGUACUUUGAAGGGGGCACUAGCUACAGCGCCUAUUUUGAUUCCGCCGGACCUGGCCAAGCAAUUUAUACUCAUCACAGAUUGGCAGCCUGAGGCAAUCUCCGCUAUCCUGGUGCAAAAGGGGAACGACGGUCGCGAACACGUCAUUGAGUACACAUCUCGUACUGUAUCGGACGAGAGGAGGAACGAUUCGGCUCCGCAAGGAGAAUGGUACACGGUGGUUUGGGGACUUCAGCACUUCCAUUUUCAUGCCCAGCAACCAUCACAGGGAGUUUCGCUCCCGAUGUGGACGCCAUGCAUCUCCCCUCCUGCGUCCGCCACUGCUUUCCCGUACGCGCAAGAUGCCAGCGUUGAACUUGUCCGUCAUGGCGGUCACCUCACCGGUCUUCUAGAAUGGGAGAAGCUGGGAGAUCGUGGCAUCUGCGCUGCUGGUGAUCCUGUCAUGGAUGCAGUUGCAGAACAUGCAAACAGCGACACACAACAGGGCAGGAACCAAGCAUGGACUGCUGAGUUUCCAUUGCGCAGCGAGGCUAACGACGGUGUGCAGAGCUGCAUGCAAGGAGCCAUCAGCGAGCCGCUUGCCGGUGCCCUGGCAGCUGGCACUGCCACGGUAGCGGCUAUUGCUGUGCCUUCCGUGAGGGUUGUUCCUGCUGUCCAUGUCCUGCCACCAACAGGCGCUGUGGCAGUCGGUGGUGUUGUAGGGGCUGCUCGUGCAUUGGAAGGUGGUGCUUUGACAAGAGGUUGUGGUGUGCCAGGCGUUGAGGAUUUGGCGGCUGGUUGUGCAUUGACAGGUGGUGGUUCAAGACCGGCCGCUGAGGCUGUGGCUGUUGGUGGUGUUGCGCCGCCCUGUGGUAAUGUCGCUGCUGCUGAAGCUAUGCCAGGUGUCGCAGCACCACCUGCCGCCGCCAGUGCAGGAACAGCUGGCGGUGCUGUGCCGUCUCCUGCCCGUGUAGACAAGCAGAACACAGAAGAUGUCCCUGCAAAACGGGCUACUUCGAGCCGUUGGGGAGAAGACGAGACUGUUGUCUUCUUGCAAGCAAAGUCGGAGCAGUUGGCAGCAAGAGCUCUUGAUUCGGAGGUGAAGGGCAAUGGGAAAGACCCUACAAAGGUGUGGGAAGAAAUCAAAGCUGAUGUGCGGCGCGCAAAUUGGAACAGAUCGGCCAUUGAAUGCAAAAGGAGGUGGAACACCGUGAAGAGAUGGUACAGCCGAGUUGUCGACAAUGAUACGAGGAGUGGUAGACAAAGUUAUUGGACAAUGACCCCAAAAGAAAGGGCUGCCGCAAACCUUUAUUUCAAUUUGAGGAAGAAUUGGUUUGAUAUCCUCGAAUCUUACAACGUGAGGAACCGUGUACCCGGAUCGCGUCGUCGAUCCGGGGGAGGAGGAAGUUCCGGCGCAUGCAGAGGGAGCGGGACAAUGGUGGAAGAAGAGAAGCGCCGCAUGCGCAGGGGGCAGCACAGAAUAACGCGGGUGGUAGCAGGGGGGGUUCCACUAGUGAAUGUUCCAACCUCACAUCAGCUACUGGUUCUACUCCUCCCAACAGACGCAGGACCAAUGUGAACCUUCGUCAGAGGAUCAUGAUUGCCUGUGGUUUUCCAUGUACGGCCGAUAUCCUGUGAUUUUCCAUUUUCGGCCAAUAUUGGGAACGGUAACAGUCCACGGGCCGUGUAAACCAACAAUAGAGAUUUUGGGCCCCACCCCAUCUCCCAAAGUGAACCUCUCCACUCCCCUUCCCCCCCUCCGUCAGGACGAAAUAAAUAAGGAAUAAAUGAGCAACACCUCC